AUACGGCUAGCUGUAUUAUGUAAUCAUUCCACACAUUUUUUUUAUUGUCUUAGAUUACAUACGUAAUCACUCCCCUCGGCCCUCGGCCCUCUCUAUAAAUACUCACUCCUUAAACUCCUCAUCCAUCAUUCUAUCCCUAAGCUGAUAGCCACACUAGUACACUAGUACAUGCACUACAUACCUUGUUUCUACUUUGUUUUUAUUUCAACACAAAACCAUGCCUUGUUAUAAUACUGCUACUCUUACUCUGAUUAGCUACUUCAUUCUACUACUUUCUUCCGUUUUGCUCAACGACUUGCCUUCCGCUUCUGCUCUUGAUUGUACACCUGGACAUGAAUGUGACUAUGCUCAUCUCAAGCCGACUCAUAAUCUCUACUUCCCUAACAGAAAGAUUCUGAUGGGCUUAUCCAAAGAAGAAAGGCCCAACUAUGCUGAGGAGUGGAGGAAGGUUCCUUCUGGACCAGACCCAUUACACCACAGCGGUGGUCCACAGAAAAGGCCCAGGACAAGUCCAUAAGCAUUCAUGCAACUACGUUACUACAACUCUACAACUCUACAAGCUAAGCUAAAGGGACCCCAAUCUUCAACAUUUUGACAUCUUAAUACUAGCUAGUACUAAUGUGUUAAUCUUCCUUUGUAAAUCUAGUGACCUAUUCCUUUUUCUUUUCAGCUUUUACAUCUAAUCACCAAUUUUCAUACAAGUAAUUUCUGAUACUACGUUUUGUAUUGUAACUAGCUAUGUAUCCUUAGCUACCAUGUUUGUAUGAAAUAUAAUGCAAGUAUCUUUAAUAUUAUAAUAGUAA